AACAAGGCGCGUGAGUGCUGUCGGGACUGCGGAGAUGGAGAACCGCAGAACACGCAGGCAGCCCGCACACUGGGCAAAAAGGAGGAGCUAUGCUAAAGAGCCAUGCUGGCUCCAGAACCCUAGAGAUUCAGAGAACAUGGAGAGGAAAACUGUAGCAAGAGACAUACGAAACAAGAGGGUGCUUGGUCCUUCUCAAUACUCAGAUGUUUGGCAAGAAAACAGUAAGUGGAAGAGGAUGGCAUGCCACAGGAGUCCAGGAGCACAGGUCAAAAUAGCAGCAGUGGUUAAAACCUCCGUGACAACCUCUACCACCACAAAACCUGCCCCUAGAAAAAGGAGAAAAAUUCACCCAUCUGGGUUUAGAGGCAAAGGCCAGAUGAAACUGAUAGUAACACCAGACAACGGUCUGCUUCAUAUUCAGAUUUUAGAAGCCAAGGGUCUGCUGGGACGGGAGUCCAGGUCAUGCGACUCGUACAUAACGAUAACUAUAGUUCCAGAUGUUGACCACAGAAAACAGAAGACCAGGACUGUCAUCAACUGCAAGAAUCCUGUCUUUAAUGAAACAUUUGUGAUAGAUGUGGGUGAGGACAAGCAACCAAAAAGACUAUUGGUGACUGCUUGGAAUCGAAGUCGGACUUCUAGACGGAAUGAGUUCCUGGGCUGUAUGAGUUUUGGUAUUCACUCCCUCAUCACUUCUGCAAAGGAGAUCAGAGGUUGGUAUUAUCUCCUGGGUGAGGAGCUGGGCAAGAGCAAACAUUUACGAGUAGCCACACGUCGUGUCAAGCAGUCUGAUGAAGCUGCUCUGACCAACCAGGCUGCUGGACCUGAUAUUGCAUCACCAGAGAACAUGCAGUCACUAACUGUUACCAUUCUGAGAGGGAAGGAUGGUUUCGGCUUCACUAUCUGCUCAGACUCACCUGUGCGUGUGCAGGCUGUAGACCCAGGUGGUCCAGCUCACCAAGCGGGUUUGCUGCAGUUGGACACAGUGCUUCAGUUGAAUGGCCAACCAGUAGAGCACUGGAAGUGUGUGGACCUUGCACAUGCCAUCAGAAACUGCCGAAAUGAGAUUACCAUUGUGGUCUGGAGGACCCUGCCAGUUAUGAAACCCUACUACGAAGGACUGAUUCACAGGCCCUCAUAUAAAACCUCUGGCUUUGACAGUAUGUCUCCCACCACCAAGACCCAAACUAAAACGCCACCCCUGCUUUCUCGACCCUCCAACCACAAACUCAGCCGUCGUCGGAAAGGAAACAGCUCUGAGAGUGCAGGAAACGGAAUCAGAGAGCCGACAUGGUCGUGGACAGGGAAACGUGAAGAGAAUGACUACAAAACACGUACACAGACCCUCAAGGGCACCCGUGUGACAUCAUCAAAUGGUGACAAUUACAUCAUCCUAUCUCCUGUCAAUCCAGGAAACCAGAUAUUACAACCCGUUUAUCCAGACAGCAAUGGAACACUAGGAACACUUGGAAGAAUAUAUCAGACUCACUCCUCAAGAGGAAUUCAGCAGAGCACUGCUUAUCUCCAGGACACUGGAGUGGAAACACGAGCCACGUUACGCAGGUCUCUGAACAGCAAGACAGCCACAAUUCCACCCUCAUCAUAUAGGCAAAGCUUUGCCAACUACCAGAACUGCACACUAGUACAAUCGCAUCUUCCCCACUCCAGCUAUGGCACUUAUGUCAGCCUGGCCCCCAAGAUCCUCAUCUUCCCUGUGUUUGUCCAGCCACUGGACCUGUGCAGCCCGGAUAGAACGCUCCUGUUGUCUGAGGAAAUGGUCCUUCACGACAGCACAAACAUGGCACUUAAGGUCACAGUGUUCAUCUACACCGACCUGAUGCUGCUAACUAGAGAGGACGAAUCCGGUCGAUGCAAUGUACUGCAGAGUCCCCUCUACCUCCAUCAGAUCCAGCUGCAAGAUGUUCCUGCAGAUAAACUGCGGCUGUAUAUCUCAUACAGAAUAGAGAGAACUGAAUGUCUCUUCAGUUUGGAGGCCUUUUCAGCUGAGCAAAAGAGAAGAGUGUACCAAUGUCUGAGAGACAACAUGAACAAGCAGCUCACUUUGAGAGAAAGAAUGGGUCCUGAUCAGGAGAUAAACACUGGAUCAUUUGUGAAGAUGCUAGAGCCAAAGGUUGGAGAUCAGGCUGAUUUGGAACUGCUAGGCUUCGGCAUGCACAGUGUUUCAGAACCAUGUUCUCCAUCACAGCCCACCUGCUCCCCUCUCAGUGGUCUUUCCAGAGCCAGAACAAGCAUCCCCUCUGAAUGUCUGUCAUAUCCCAGUGAGUGUGUCCAACCCCCUCCUACACUGGGAGACACCUCUAAAACGGCACACAUGGAGCCUGCUGCCAUCUGGAAGGAGAGGGUGAAGGAGCCAAAGCGAGGUGAACGGGAGCCAGAGUUUGAGAAGAGGGAACAGGGUGAAGGAGAGAGUGCCAGACCCACAUCUUCAUCUUCCUCCUCAUCACCGCUUAUCAUCCCUAAACUGUGUCUAGAUCGCUCUUUUAAUCCAGAUGCUCUCACCUCUCCAUCUACUGAUGAUGAUGAUGAUGAAGACCUUGAGGAGGAGGAUGAAGAAGAGGACAGUGAUGAAGGCUAUCUGAAGCGGAGGAGCCUGGUGGAGAUGUCACCUGGUAGGGGGCAGCAAAGCACAAGGCUGUGUGUGCAGCGCUCCUUGCACCGGCGUACACACAGCGAGGGCAGCCUGCUUCAGGAGCCACGCUCACCACGCUUUAUCUCUGACCAAGCCAUACACUGCAUGGAGAACAGCAGAGAGAUGGAGCAGAGGUGGACUGUUCCUUCACCGCAGACUCUGAGAAAAGAACUCAUGAAAAACAGAGGAUCUGUGCAUCAGAUUUGCCUGCUCUUCACUGGUAGGAGGGUCUGUGGUGAGCCAAACUGUAAGUGUCAAAUGGGCAAGAGUGUCAUGAAAAAGAAGAAAUCGAAAAAUCUUGCAAAAGAUAUGAAGAAUCGCCUGACCUUUCUUCGGAAGAAGAACCAUGACAGACCUGGAAGUCAUCCAUCCAGCAAGCUUGAGAAAGUCCUCAAAUCAGACAGGCCUUCCCCUGAAGAAGCUUUUAAAUGGGGAGAAUCUCUUGACCUGUUGCUCUCUCACAAAUAUGGACUCGCUGUGUUCCGCUCCUUCCUGCAGACGGAGUUCAGUGAGGAGAAUCUGGAUUUCUGGCUUGCUUGUGAGGAAUAUAGGCGGAUCAAAUCCAUAUCUAAGAUGGCUUCAAGAGCUAAAAAGAUUUUUGAACAAUACAUAUCCAUUCAGUCAUCUAAAGAGGUAAAUCUGGACUCUUACACCAGGGAGCAGACUAAGGAAAACAUGGAGAACAUUAACGCUGACUGCUUCGACCUGGCCCAGAGCCGAAUCUUUGGACUCAUGGAGAAAGACCCAUACCCUCGCUUUCUCCGAUCUGACCUUUACCUGGAUUUAACCCAACAAAAGAGAGCUCUCAAAGCUGCCGAUUCUGACUGCUGAAUUGUAACAUCUGUCAGUAGCACAAAGGAAAUAUGCAGCUUUCCACAGUAAAUGGAUAUCAAACAAUGAUUGCUGUAGACUCUGCAGCCUGUCUAUAGCACUGUGCGUGUGUUUUGUGCUGAUAUAGACCCAGUAUGUACCAGUGUGGUGUAUUUUAGUUCAAUGCUUCCCCCUGUUGGAUGAUCCUGGUAAAAUUAUAUCGCAUGGACUUGGUCUAUACUGUUUAUCUCUUGCUGUGUUAACAGUGUCCAGAGGGUGAAAAGCAUGUUGGGUAAGGAAGCAAAGAAGAAGCUUGGUACGGUUUUGCUGCAAUCUGCCUUUACCAGUUAUACAGAAAGAAAGAUGAUAGAUGGGUGACAAAUUAAAGGAAAAAAUGGUGGUUCUUUCAUGCGGUUUUCCCCUGGCAUGCUUUCAGGCCACUUAUAAAAACUAAUUAAUACAAUCUUGUUUAGCCUGAUCACUUUAAUCUAUGAUGAUACAUUUCUAUCCAGAUGGGAAUGGGUUCUUCAAGUGGGACGCAAUCCAGAGGACACACUUUUGGAAGAAUGGCAUUCAUCUUCAUGUUCUUAGGUUUGCUUUUAAUUUGUCACCUGCCUAUACAUGAGAGAGUUUAAACAGAAGCACAGAGUGCCCUAUUACACGAUUCCUGUGAUUAAAAUAACUGCAUGUUUGCUUGUAUGAGAUUUCAGUACAUGAGCUUUGACAGCAUAGAUUAAAUUAGCUUAAGUCUCUAAGAAUCAUAGCAUGUCUGGCUGAUUUUGUUAAAUGUCAUACUAAUGAAGUUUUAAAGGAAAGCAAAAGCAGGUAAACUUGCUCCAGGCUUGUAAUAAUAUUUCAUACCAAUUGAAUUUUGUAUUCCAGCAGAUACCAGCAUAUUUGAAAUGCCAGAUACUGACCUUUUUUAGUUUUUCAAUUACAAAAACUGUUUAAGUCUUUAGGCUUAAUUUCCAAUGAGGUUAUAUUGAUGAUAAUAUUAACCCAACCAGACAUCCCACAUGGCCUUUUAUGAGAGACGAAGUGAAAAAAAUAAAUAGAAAUGCCAGAUGUUCAUAGCAUCUUCAUGAAUUUUGUUAGCAUACUUAACCUGUUCAAAUUAGAACUGACUUGUUAAAUUUAACCAUUUUAGACCAGAAUCAGUCUGAUUCCGAUGCACAACACAUUUCCAGCACUGUAGACUUUGCAUCAUGUCUGCUUGUUUUCAUUUGAAAGUGCACUACAUGAGCUUUCCCCACCACCAGACCUCAAAACAGGCAGAAGUAAAAGGAAAUCUUUAUUAUUUAAAUAAAAAUUUUAAUAGAGGUUAUUAUAAGAAGGCAAGCAGUAUAAAGAUUUAAAGCAGUGUCUGGUUAAACCUCAUGUGUUGUUGACAAUGUUUCUGUUUCCUGUUUGUAGGGAGGCUCUGUUAUUAUUUAAGUAUAUGUCUGAGAUUUUAAACAAUAAUAAAACCUCAGUGUAUUUUUUUUUUUUUUUCUAGUUGCUAUUAAGUAACUGAGCAUAGAGCAUAUAUUUACUGCGUAAAAGUCCGAAGUCGUAACUUCCAUUCUUCUUUAGGGGUCAGUAUUUUAAGCUUUUGGGAGAUCUGAGUUAUAUUAAAUUGCUUUUUUGAAUUCUAACUUCUUUCUAUAUAUGAUCUUUACUGUAUUUAUUUGUGCGCUCACCGUUCACUUACUGCUGCCUGUGAGUGCCCUAUGUUGAGAUAAAUAAAGUUACAUAACAAAGUAGUUCCAUUAUACUAUAAACCUAAUUUGCAACAGGA